AUGUCUAAUCCUUGGAUCAAAUUUAUACACACCGCGCUAACUCACCCAAAGCACACGCCAUGGAUUGUAGCUUUGCUCAUCCUUGGCGAUGCAGCUCUCUGCACCCUGGUCAUCUGGAAGAUCUCCUACACCGAGAUUGACUGGUCCACCUAUAUGCAGCAAGUAUCACUCUAUAUAUCCGGUGAAAGAGACUACACUGCGAUCAAGGGGUCGACCGGACCUUUGGUCUACCCCGCAGCCCAUGUGUACAUCUACACGCUGCUCUACGACCUAACCGAUGGAGGACGCGAUAUCCUUCAGGGGCAGAUCUUUUUUGCAGGUUUCUACCUGGCCACCUUGAUCGUUGUCAUCGCUUGCUACAGACAGGUCGACGUUCCCCCUUACCUUUAUCCGCUAUUGGUUCUGUCCAAGCGACUUCAUAGUAUCUACAUGCUGCGCAUGUUCAAUGACGGCAUUGCGACACUCGCGAUGUGGCUGGCGAUUUACUUGUGUAUGAAGCAGAAAUGGACCGCUGGUAUUGCGAUCUGGUCGUUGGGUGUGGGUGUCAAAAUGACAUUGGUCUUGCUCGUCCCCGGGAUUGCCAUUAUCACUUUGCUGAGCUUGGGCCUGCUGCAAAGCGUCGUCCUUGGUGCCCUGGCUGUCCUGAUUCAGAUUUUGCUUGCAAUUCCUUUCCUUCAGGAAAACCCCGUGGGCUACCUAUCUAAAGCCUUUGAACUAUCCCGGCAAUUCAUGUUCAAGUGGACCGUGAAUUGGCGAUUUGUGGGCGAGGAAACUUUCCUCUCAAAGGAGUUCUCAUUGGCUUUGCUAGGUUUGCACGUUUCAUUGCUGGCUAUCUUCUCUCUUGUAUGGGUGAAGCCAUCCAGAACCAACGUGGUCCGCUUCCUCCUGGACAGCAUCCAGGGCCGCCAACCACCAGUGGCACUCUCAAAAUCAUUCAUCAUGACCGUAUUGCUGAGCUCGCUAGCCAUUGGCUUGCUGUGCGCCAGGUCAUUGCAUUAUCAGUUCUUCUCAUAUCUGGCAUGGGCCACCCCAUUCCUCCUGUGGCGGGCAGGUCUCCAUCCAAUUCUGAUUUAUACCGUGUGGGCACUGCAGGAGUGGGCUUGGAACGUCUAUCCCAGCACCAAUGCUAGUUCUGUGGUCGUGGUCUUGUCGCUCGCCCUGCAAGUGUUUGGUGUGUUGGUCAACGGGCUUGGCGAGGUAGGGAAUAAGCGCGGUGGACCUGACGAACGCAGGAAGUUGCGCACUCCAUAG